ACGUUUUGCGAGUCUUUGUGAAAAAUAUAUAUAGGAGAAUACCCCUAGCGGAUGUUCAACAUAACGACCACUCGUGUUGGGGAGCAACCCUCCGUAGCUCCCACAACAAGAGAUAUACUAGGCACGACUGAAGAAGUGACUUUUCAAUCGAUUUCGUCUAUCCGUCGCUGUAUGUCUACUCUGUCCUCGCCAUUUAGAGAGACUAGGGGGGAUACGUUAAUGGAACCCGUUGUUUUCCAGGUUAGGAAACAAGCGUCUCUCCCAAAUUUCUUACCAGAAAUUCUACAAUACCAUACUACCGAUUCUUAUUAUCGUUACUAUUUACAGCACUACCGCAAUAUGUUCCCUUCGUCCUCUUGCAGCGGCCUUGGCCAACAAGAAGUCUCCUAUGACACUACAGAGAGAAAUGUAUUAGAUCGAAGUGAAGUGCAAUAUGAAAAGAGACGAAUUAUCAAUUCAGCUAAUACUUCGGUCCAAGAUCUUUCCAAGAGUUUUGAUAAUCGACGAUUCUCCAAUCCAACAUAUGAUUACACCAACAAAGAAGGACUAAAGGACGCGCAUUUAAGUUCUGAAAUAUACCCAUUCUUUGAAGAGACUCCACCUGAGUGCGAAGUUUUUGAUGGUAGUACCUCCGUGGAGGCAAACUCUGCUACAGGCAUGACUCCCUCCCGUCGUUUGGACUUCUCCAAUAUGGAUUUAUAUUUUCCCGAUGAUCAGGAGGCAUGGGCUUGGCAGAAUAGCAGAGGUGGUCCUUUGCUUUCUUGCCAUUCCCAGACGGCACCUAAUAGAUAUUUCUUCAACCAGAGUAAUCACAGCACUGGCGCCAAGCUCUUACCCAAGUCAACCUUACCAAAUAUAUCGGGAAUCACUCACUCUAUUAGGACACCUUUAUAUUUAAAGCCACGAGGGUUUCAACCAACACAUUCUUUGACUGAGCACGAGAGGACUCUUACGGAGGGAACGCACAAUUAUUGAUGUAGCGUGAAUGUGCAACGAUAAGAAAAGAGAACCUCAACCACAGAUGAAACAUUAAUUGUCCACUUGUGAAAAGCAUAGAUAUAGAUUUCUACCGCUAUAGAUUUACAGUCAGUAAAUAAAAGAUUUAUCGAGGUUAAUUUUAAACUGAUUAGCCAAUAGAUUUAUUUUCUCUAUGCAAAAUAAAGGAGCAUAUUCAUAUUUAUGAAUAGGUAUAUCUGUGAGUUCUCCUUUA